GCCGCUACUGCGCGCAGCUACUAUUCAGUCUGAGAAGUGACGGUGCGAGAUAGUGAUCGCAGCGAGCGUACGACAAGCUAUAUUUCCUCUACGUUUAAUACGUGCGGACGACACAUUCUUACGAGUUCUUUCGUGCAAAACAAGAUUAUUCCGUUGAACUUUUGUGCAUCGAUACUCUGUUUUACGUGAUCGAAUAGAAGGAAGAAAAUGCCAGAAGACGUCAACAUGGUUGAUGCCGGCGAAGUUGAAACCUUCGCCUUCCAGGCUGAGAUCGCGCAAUUGAUGAGCUUGAUCAUCAACACCUUCUAUUCCAACAAAGAGAUCUUCAUCCGUGAAUUGAUUUCGAACGCGUCUGAUGCGUUGGACAAGAUCCGCUAUGAAUCUCUCACAGAUCCAUCCAAAUUGGACACGUGCAAGGAAUUAUUCAUAAAAAUUGUUCCCAACAAGAAUGAUCGUACCCUUACCAUACUCGACUCUGGCAUUGGCAUGACAAAGGCUGAUCUGGUGAACAACUUGGGUACCAUUGCUAAAUCUGGUACAAAAGCUUUCAUGGAAGCUCUUCAGGCUGGUGCAGAUAUUUCCAUGAUCGGUCAGUUUGGUGUGGGCUUUUAUUCUGCUUACCUCGUGGCAGACAAAGUUGUUGUCAUUUCCAAGCACAAUGACGACGAGCAAUACAUAUGGGAGUCUUCUGCUGGUGGUUCCUUUACUGUUCGUCCUGACAAUGGAGAGCCAAUUGGAAGAGGUACGAAGAUCAUCUUGUACGUCAAGGAAGAUCAAACCGAAUACCUGGAGGAGUCCAAGAUAAAAGAAAUUGUCAAGAAACAUUCUCAGUUCAUUGGCUACCCGAUCAAACUGGUCGUUGAGAAGGAAAGAGACAAGGAAUUGAGUGAAGACGAAGAGGAGGAACCGGCGAAAGAAGGAGAGGCCGAGGAAGAGAAGCCUAAGAUCGAAGAUGUCGGAGAGGACGAGGAGGAGGAUAAGCCUAAAGAUGAGAAGAAGAAAAAGAAGAAGACCAUUAAAGAGAAAUAUACCGAGGAUGAAGAAUUGAACAAAACGAAACCGAUCUGGACUAGGAAUCCUGAUGACAUUUCUCAAGAAGAAUACGGCGAAUUUUACAAGAGCUUGACGAACGACUGGGAAGAUCAUUUGGCCGUUAAACAUUUCUCGGUGGAGGGUCAACUGGAAUUCCGGGCAUUGCUUUUCAUUCCCCGACGCGCACCUUUCGAUCUCUUUGAAAACAAGAAGAAGAAGAACAACAUCAAAUUGUACGUGCGCAGAGUCUUUAUUAUGGACAACUGCGAAGACCUUAUUCCCGAGUACCUUAACUUUAUCAAAGGUGUUGUGGACAGCGAGGAUCUCCCACUGAACAUUUCCCGUGAGAUGUUGCAACAGAAUAAGAUUUUGAAAGUCAUCAGAAAGAACCUUGUCAAGAAGUGCUUGGAACUCUUCGAAGAACUGUCGGAAGACAAAGAGAGUUACAAGAAGUGUUACGAGCAAUUCAGCAAGAAUAUCAAAUUGGGUAUCCAUGAGGACAGCCAGAACAGGAAGAAACUAUCCGAGUUGCUCAGAUAUCACACGUCCGCGUCCGGAGAUGAGAUGUGUUCACUGAAGGACUACGUCGGAAGAAUGAAGGAGAACCAGAAACAUAUCUAUUACAUUACCGGUGAGAGCAAGGAACAAGUGGCUAACAGUUCGUUCGUAGAAAGAGUGAAGAAACGUGGUUUCGAAGUAGUAUACAUGAUCGAGCCCAUCGACGAGUAUGUUGUACAACAGCUGAAGGAGUUCGAUGGAAAGCAGCUGGUCUCUGUAACCAAGGAAGGAUUGGAGCUUCCCGAGGAUGAAGAAGAGAAGAAGAAGCGCGAGGAGGACAAAGCUAAAUUCGAGAAUCUUUGCAAAGUUAUGAAGGACAUUUUGGACAAGAAAGUAGAGAAGGUCGUGGUGUCCAAUAGGCUAGUACAUUCUCCGUGCUGUAUAGUCACGUCGCAGUACGGAUGGACCGCGAACAUGGAGAGGAUUAUGAAGGCCCAGGCUCUCAGAGACACGUCCACUAUGGGAUACAUGACUGCCAAGAAACACUUAGAAAUUAAUCCGGACCAUCCGAUCAUGGAGAACUUGAGGCAAAAGGCUGAAGCAGACAAACAUGACAAAUCAGUGAAGGACCUUGUCAUGCUUCUCUUCGAGACCGCGUUAUUGUCUUCUGGCUUCGCCCUGGAAGAUCCGCAAGUACACGCGUCCAGAAUAUACAGAAUGAUCAAACUUGGUCUUGGCUUCGACGACGACGACACUCCGAACGUAGAAGACGAGAAGAUGGACGCGGAUGUUCCUGAAUUAGAAGGUGACGCAGAAGAACAAUCCAGGAUGGAGGAAGUAGAUUAAGGCUUCUACAGUUUAAAACUAUUUAACUAAACCCAAAGACUUUUAGGAUGUAGAAAGACUGUUACAGAAUUAAUUCUACUUUAGUACAAUGAAACAAUUUUUUGUUUUCAUUUCGUCUUUCUAUGCGCGACAGAGUGGGGUGUCAUGCGUUUAUUUAAGUACUGCAUAUUAUCUAUAUUUAUGUGAUAAAUAUCGAAGAAAGGUAACAUCGUUCUCUGUGCAUUUUACAAAUAUUCAUCUUUGAAUAACAGAGCCUGCCACUUGAUUCUGUCUCUAAAUUCUUUUUUAUGAUAUAUGAUAUUUCAUUGUCAUGCGAUUGUCAUUAAUAUCAUUUCGUUUUUUUUUUGUACUUUACAACAAUUACGAUUUCAUUUUACACUUCCAUCAUUCCAUUUUGAAAUCGUGGUGUAGUCAAGUUAUGAACAGUUUGUGUGUAAUAAAAAGAAUCUUGCGUAUUUAAAUUUAAA